AUGCUGCUGCGGGUCCCCCUAUCUUCUCUGCUCGCCUUAUUCCUCGCCAUACUGGCGCAGGCGGAGCGAAGGCUGCCAGCCAACCUCCAGGUCGACCUCCUCUUCCCACGCAAUGAGACGUACGCGCCGACGCAGUGGUUCCCCAUCGUGCUCGGCAUCCAAAACCUUGACGCCCUCUGGCCUCUCGACAUCGGCUUUAACCUGGAAGUCCUGAGCAUGGAAGCCUGGAAAAACAACAGCUCAGGCGGGCGCGCCGAUUGGCAGCAUGUCAACCUCCGGCCCAACCUCUACGGGUUCCCCGUUGGGCUUGAGCUGGCCCCGGUCAAGCUCUUCCUGCACUAUCCCGUUAUGAACAUGACCAACGGCACAACGGACAGCUUCAAUCUCCGGUGGGGUAUCACGUUUGUGAACCGCUGCUUUGCCAACAAUUCUUUGGAUUACGGAGGCAACAGCUGGUCCAGCGGGGGCAACUCCUCAAUGCGUCAGAUCACCUUCAGCACCGCGCCUGGCGGCCAGACCCCAGACGUUGCAGCGACAGUAGAUUCAUGCCCUGAGGGUGGCCAGAACUCGACAGUAGUGCGCGUAAAUGAGGUGCGCAAGACCUGGGGUACAGGUGACCAAUGUCCAGUCUUUGAGACAGAUGUAGAGCCAGCCAGGUGCGCGUACCGCGAAGUAGCCCAGGAACUUGCCGCCAACGUCUCGGCAGCAAUUUUGAGGAGGAUGCGUUGUGAGGAGGGUACCUGGCAGAAUAUUACAUCUCCGUGUGUGCCCAAGGAUAAGGAGAGCGGGGCAACCUUAUUGACUGGCCUCCAAAGGGAUUCGUCUUCUUGGGCUUUAGUCUUGGGAUUGGCGCUUGCGGCGUAUUACAAUGUGUUCUAG